AUGGCCUCUGCCUUUGAGUGGGCUGCUAAGAAUGUGAUCCAAGAGCUCAGCAAAAAUGGGGAACUGAUCCCUGUGGACAGCCUCAACAGCUCCACCCGCUUCAGUCCCUACUGCUUGGUCCGGAAGAAGAGCAGGAGCUCCUUGUUUUGGGGGCCACAGUAUAUUUGCCUCAAUUUGAAUCUCAAGGACAUUCUGGAUCCAAACUCCCCAGAACCAGAGGUGACCCAGCUUGGACCAUUCCACUUUAAUGAUGAGUUACCUGGGCAGGUGUCUGCCAGUGUGGAGGUGGCUGCCUCUGUGCAGGAGAAGAUUUCAGGACAGAUUUCAGAGUCAGACAGACCUGUCCUGGAGGUCAAGAUACUCACCGUGUCCCCUACCACCUGGGACUGCUUACAGAAGGAAAGGAAAUUGAAAACACCAGAGCCUUCCCUCAUUCAGGAGCUCCGGGAACGGGGAGAGAACCUGUAUGUUGUGAUAGAAGCUGUGAAGACCCAGAAAAAGACCAUUUUGAAGAGUUCCAGAAAAAAGGGUGAGGGUCAGGGUGGCUUUAACACAGUGAAGACAGUGACCAUCCCUGAGGACAGUAUACUUGCUUUUCAAGUUGCCAAGUUGAUUAUCCGGGACCACUGGAGUGUUCUUCUACUUCCAGACAAGAACCAGAAAACCUUCCCACCCAAAGAUGUCUGCUAUUCCACCUGUGUUCCAAGUCCAUGUAGAAUGGAGCCUGGCCUCCAAAUAUUUCCAAAGUUCUCUAACAACAAGGCAGGCAGGAGGAAUGCUUCCCAUGGAGGUUUUCAAGGGGAUGCCAGGCCAGGCUUUGAGCAACUACAAGCUGAGGUGGAGAAAGAACAAUUCUCACUAACUAUGCAGGAUGGGAAGUUACAGCAGUUUCUGCUUCAGGCUCUCCUGGGGUUCCUCCAGAGUGAACAGGAUCUGCUGGACUUAGAAGACAUGCUAGAACAGAGUUUGUUCUCUGGGGAACCCCCACAGAAGGUGGAGGGGAAGACAGAUGACAUCCUAAGUAACCUGCAAGACCAGAAUGGACAACUUAUGGAGGAAAUAGCAGGGGCAUUCCUCUAUCUCCUUGGAGCUCUGAAUGCCCUGAGUGACGUCCAACGUCAGCUCCUGAUCCAGUUGCUAGAGAAAAAGGAAGAGAUCCUGUCCCAGGAGGUGGAACUGGUGAAGGAAAUUCUGAAGGAGAACUUCAAUCAGACCAAGGAGAGGCCUUUCUCCCUUCCUUCAGAGCUGCUGUCCUUUGUCCAAGGCCAGGAUGAGAACUUGACCUUCACAUGUGACCUGUUGGAAGAGUAUGGACUAUGGCUUUCAGGAGAUGAGCCCCAAUUUACCUGGAACCCCAGUGCUCUGCAGUCACUUUGUGCACUGUAUGGCAGUCUGGUGAUGCUGCAGGCUCUCACUGAAGCCUGCUGACCUAGACCCCUCUUUCCCUACCUAUUAAGUACCUCUACCCCCUAUGGCAGCCCCAGGCCCAGUGGAUUAGGGACAGACCUAUUUAAUAUCACAGGAUCACAAAUUUUGUGCAUUUGGCCCUCCUCUGUGGCCAACUAUUCCAUAUACCCCCAAAAGGAAUCCCCACUGUCAUAAACUAGACGAGUAAUCAUCCAACUUGAAGACACCAUUGCAGGGAAACCCAUCUCCUCUCAAGGCAACUCAUUUCCCUUUUGGACAGCUUUAUUAUUAGGAAAUAUUUCCCUAACAUCAAGCCUUCAUUUGCCUGUUUGCAGUCUCUGUCCACUGCUCCUAGUUCUGCCCUCUCAGAUCAGCAGAAUAAGUCUAUUCCCUUCUCUGCAGCCCUUUAAAUACAGCUAGCAGGUCACCCCCGUAUCUUUUCACAUCCGCAGUUCCUUCAACUACUCCUUAUGUGACAUAGACUCCAACCUUUACCCUCAUGGUUGCUCUCCUCUGGACGUUGUCCAGUUUAUCAGUGCUCUUAAACUGGGGUGCUCAGACCAGAUGAAAUGUGACCAGGGCAGAGGUAGAGCUAUCACCUGCCUCUUCCAAGAAGCCAUACCUCUCUAGAUGCAGCCCAAGAUGGCCUCAGCUUUUGAGAUGUCUUCCCACAGUAUUGACUCAUUGAGCUUGUGGUCCAUUCAAACCUCCAGAUCAGUUUUCAGACACACUGCUAUAUAACCAUGCCUUGAUAUCUCAUGGAGUCCUUAGCUUUCAUUUGGCCAACUCUAAUAUUUAAGUUCUUUUCUCUGGUAUGGUUUUGUACCUCUU